AUGGCAUCUUCCUCGCCUAGCCCAUCAGAACUCGAGAACGUCGUUCCAGACACACCCGAGCAAGCAGUGACGAUGAAUCAGCCGUUGUCGCAGAUGGAGAAGGACAUGUGCUGGUUGAAGAUCCAUUUCGAGAACCUCCUGCGCCCUCAAGGGCAGGCCAGUUCCAGCGAAACCCCAGCACCAGGGCCUGCUACACCCAUUUCCGGAGCGCAACAGUCAGUGCCGUCGACCCCUGCGCCGCAGACGGACAAAGCGGGAGGAGAAGGGUUACUCCCGACCCCAAAGGUGACACCUUUCCCCCAACCCACUUUUUUUCCGCCUAAGGACACGAAGCAGGGCCAAAGGUCGGAACUUUAUGGGAACCAGAGCGAGAUUCCGAGCAAAAAGGUCGAUCUGCCACUAUACGAAGGUAACAAUCCCGAGGAUUGGCUGUUUCGACUAGAGAAAUGUUUUGAGAUGAAUCAUGUGUCGGAAUGGGACAAACUGGAUCAAGCUUUGACCUGUCUCACCGGAUCUGCGAUUACGUGGUGGCGUUUUUCACAAGAGAGGGAGCAGAUUAACACUUGGAAGGAUUUUAAAGACAAUGUCAAAGUAAGGUUCAAACCCAGUAGAGGAAGUGCUUCGGUGGACCAUUUGUUGAAUAUAGUUCAAAAGGGGACCGUUAAUGAGUACAGAGAUCGUUUCGAAGAGCUUUCCGUGGAACUUCCUCAUGUACCUGAUGAUGUGCUUGAGGCGGCCUUCUUGAAGGGGUUGAAGAAGAGCCUUCGUGACCAAGUAGUGAGGUGCAGACCGGGAAACAUGACCGAUAUCGUUGAAGUAGCGAGGUUGAUCGAAUCGCAGGAGGGAGAAAACCAGAGCUUUUAUGGUCGAUCGUUCCGAAAACCAGUAGCUGCUUCGGGGUCGAGUUUCUCCAAUCGUAACCAAAGCAGCAACAAUUGGAGAUCAGGCGACAACCAAACGGCGAAGAGGAAUCCGGAGGCCACCAAGGAUAACCGAAAACCAUUUGUCAAGUCAAAUCUUUGCAACUACAACUGUGGAGAAAAGUGGUUUCCGGGGCAUAGAUGUAGACAGAGACUCAAAUGUAUGGAAGUAGAGGAAGAUGAGAACCAACCCAAGAAUGAAGCUAUUGAGCAGGAGGAGGGUGAGAACCUUGUCGAGGAUGGCGAAGAGCAACAAGAGUUGGUCACCUUAUCGCUGCAUUCAAUGGCAGGCUUGACGACGGAAACUUCCAUGAAGAUGUGGGGAAGUAUUGGUGACAGGAAGGUUGUGGUACUCAUUGACUCAGGAGCUACCAGCAACUUCAUCACUGAGAAAGUAGCGAAGGAGAUGAAGCUACCUCUGGCGCACAACCGAGGCUUUGGAGUAUUGGUAGGAGGUGGAAAAGUCAUGCGUGGCAAGGGUAGAUGUUUAGUUCGAUUUGAGGCAUUAGUUUAG